UGCCGAGAUUUUAGUUUUCAGAUUCUCUAGCAAUCCAAACCAGUUAUACAGCUGUAUAAUCUCCUACUGGUAACCGGGAAAUACCAGUUUAUGUAACGCUUAUUACACGUAUCAGUUAACCGGCUCCAUCAGUUACCCUAACCCUCUCCUUUAUAAGCACUCUCCUAGUAUAACCGUUCUCUCUAUAUGUCCAUCACCGCCUCUCUCUGUCUCUGUAUUCUUUUUCUCGUAUCAAUGGACCAACAGUCUAUCAUAGAUCGGGUCAAGGGCCCGUGGAGUCCUGAAGAGGACCAACUGUUGCAGAAAUUCGUUCAACGACACGGAGCGCGAAACUGGUCGUUGAUUUCCAAAUCGAUUCCUGGUCGAUCCGGAAAGUCUUGCCGUUUAAGGUGGUGCAAUCAGUUGUCUCCGGAGGUAGAGCACCGACCUUUUACGCCUGAAGAAGACGAGAUCAUUAUUAACGCACAUGCUAAACAAGGCAACAAGUGGGCCACCAUUGCUCGCCUCCUCAACGGCCGUACGGAUAACGCGAUCAAGAACCAUUGGAACUCUACUUUGAAGAGGAAAUACUCGGCGGCGAUGUCAGAAGAUGGAACGACCGAUCGACUUCAACCGCCAGCGAGAAAAUUUGCUAAAAUAACGUCUUUUUGCAAUAGUCCUUCUCCUUCUGGAUCUGACGUCAGCGAUGUGGGUUUGCCAGUGACGUCAUCGUCUUCACAUCACAACCAGGAACAAAACCUGUUUCAUCGGAGAGCUGGCGUUAUGACAACGCCACUCUCGUAUCAGGUUGAAUCAACACCGCCUCGAGAAAGUGAGACAUCAAACGACGACGAUCUUUCGACGGAGCUGACAUUAUCACUGCCAGGAAAAGGCUUCUAUGGAGAGUUACUGAGUCGGCGAGAAUCCGAUUCCCAGGAGUUACCAAUAAAAUGUAUUGAGAAAACGAUGACGUUUAAGCCGGAGUUUUUGACGGUUAUGCAAGAGAUGAUAAGAAAGGAAGUGAGGAAUUACAUGGCGGGUGUUGAAAAGGAUAUAUAGUUAGCUGUUAAACGUUAUUAACAUGAGAUUAACUAUAAAACGGAACCUUUUUCAUAAUUUUUUUUUUUUCCUGGUGAAAAAAAAGGACUGUACAGCAAAAAAUAGAGCCUUAAAGCAGGAAAACAAAUUCAGAUUUUUUUUUCAAAAGUUACUUUUUAUUACACUCUUUUCUUCGGUAGUACGGUUGCGUACUAUUGUAGUACUACAAUAUUUGGGACGCUUUUCCGUUCUGGGAGUGGCUGGUGACUUGAUAUUGCACAGUAGUCAUAUGUUAUUGGUUUGUGGUUUUAAAUGCAUGAUAUAUAUAUUUUUUGAAAUA